AUGGUGUUGGUUGAUUGCCAUCUGAUGGAAACGUGGAUGAUGGAACUGACGGCGGAGGUCUUGCUCGAAAGAAGUCCUCCGGCAACAUCUCCCGGAGCUCCAGCAAACACCUCCCUCAACCCCCAACCCAACUCAACCCCAGAACAGCCACGUACGAUGGCAACGGCGUCUCCCUUCCCCUUCCCACGGGAAUACUCCUUCCCGCCCUUCUUCACGCGCCAGACGAACCUCACGACCCACCACGCCCAACUCGUCAAGUGGUCCGACCUCAUCCUCGCCUACUGCCGCCACCACCGCAUCUUCAAGCUCUCCCUCGGCGCCGCCAUCCCCUCCGCCUCGUCGGCCCUCCCGCACGCCCUGCCGAACCAUAACACCGCCGCGUCCUCCUCCCCGCACAACGAGCCGACGACUUUCUCUCCCGCGACCGCCGCGUCCUCCGCCGCCGCCGCCCCCGAGGAGCUCUUCCACAACAGAGCCCUGAACAAGAGGCUCUCGCUCGCCGACGCGCGCGAGGUUCUCGAGUUCAUGCGCAAAGACGGCCGCGCCGAGCCGCUACCCGCAAGCACCGACGUCUUCUGGAUCUACUGGCGCACGCCCGACGAGUGGGCCUCCGUCGUCGAGGGCUGGAUCGACGAGACGGCGCAGAAGGGCGUCGUGCUGACCCUGUAUGAGCUCACCGAGGGCGAGAGCACGAGGGGGACGGGUGAGCACCCCUGCUUUUCUUUUCUUUCGUCUUCUUUUGGUUUCCACGGCCUCGAUCCCGACCUUCUGGCGAAGGCGCUGCAGAUUCUCGUCAAGCGCGGCAAGGCCCAGAUCUUCGGACAAGAGGACUCGCAGGGUGUCAAGUUCUUCUGAUU